CAUCUGGAAGAGCAUCCUACUUUUCCAAUUCGGGCAUUGUGUUACGCGACUUGUCCCGCACAUUCCUGUUUGAGAUUUGGGACAUACGACGAUCAGGAUGGUCCGUCCCGGAUUUUCGUUAGGUCUGCUGCUUCCGACGUGCCUGCUGCUGGUGUUGCUGGCCGCACAAGGCGGCAAGGCUGACAGCGAGCAGCUCCGCGCCCAAAAGGCCCUGCUGUCCGAGCUGGAGUACAACAACGACGUGCUGUCCUUGAAGGAACCAUGGGCCAGUCCCUCCCCCUGGCUUCGGGACUGGAUCAGUCGAGCCAAGCCGUACUUCACCUCUACCGCCCAGGUCAGCCUGCUGAACGAGCUCAACACCCAGAAUGAGGACGUGUCCCGGAACGACCCGUGGGGCAGUCCCUCCGCCUACCUGGGCCGCUGGGUGGCCAGGAUGAGAGCCACCCUGCAGGACUAGAUGGAUGCCGUGAUUCAUGAAGAUGCGCAGUGGUGGAGAGAACCCCCUCUGGUGGGGAUCCCAUCAGAGGGGAUAGUCUAGAUGGUGGUUGCAACACCGCGCGUGCUGUUACCCCGGGUGCGACUGUAUGUAUGUUUGUGUGUCCGUGUGAAUGCGCCUGCACGUGAGUUGGUUGAAUCUGUUGCUGUGAAGAAACUGUUUUUGUGCGAGUUUGCUAUAUAUAUGUGCGGUGCAGUAGUUGAAGGUUGAUGUUGGGUAGUUGGGUCUGGGCUCGAACAUGUCACUUGCCUUUCUUUAUGCGAGAUAAAGGCGUGGCCCUCUCCUCUGGUGGCUGCUGCUGGUGGCUGCUGGUGGUGGUGGUGGUGGUGUUGAGCGGUGUAGGCCAGGAAGGAUAAACUUGCUUACAUAAAACGGUGGAAGGGGGAAAGGCAUGGACAUAUGUAAAUCUCUAAGUUGG